AUGUUUGCGACAUUCCGUCUACUCAUUCUUAGAAAACCUUUGACCACCACCAAGAAUCCGACCUUAGAGAUUGGAAAUCUUUAUGGCCGGUCAACAUUCUUAACAUUAACAACCAUUCUCACAGCGUUAACUGCUGGUAUCCUAUAUUUUGUUCUCGUACCUUCGGUACCUACAUCUAAACCGAAGAUGUUUUCCAAGAGGCCCGAUAAGUAUACAGCCGGCCUCAUAAACAUGAGGAAUGAUUGUUUUGCAAAUUCAUCACUUCAGGCAUAUUCUUCUUUGCCGGGUUUGACAGAGUAUUUGAACAAGUUUGUCGAAACUUACAAAUUAAUGAUAACAGCCUCAGAGGGUUUAGAAGUCGAGCUUGACCAAAUAAUCUCCGGGGAGUCUUUGUCUGUGGGUGCUCAUACCAAGUGCAACAAAGAAGCCAAUGAUUCGAAGAAGUCGGUUAAAGAGGGCCUCAAGAUCACUCUUCAUAUUGCCUUGGCGAAGAUUCUCAAGAAUCUACAAGAGACUCAAUUGACAACUAGAACAAUAUCUGUUUGGACUUUUCUCCAUGAACUAGAGAGAAUUUAUAAUGCAAAAAUAUCAAGGUCUCAACAUGACGCUCACGAACUUACGCAGUUGAUCAACGAGACUUUAGAAACUGAAAACGUUAACUGUUUCAAGGUAUUGAAAGCAUUAAAAGCUCACUUUCAAGCGAUUGGUGAAAUCCCUGAAUGCUUGAAAUAUCUAGAGUUCCCUGAAUUUCCUUUUAAUGGGUUAAUUCUUUCUCAAAUGAAGUGUUUAGAGUGUUCGUCUGUUUCUAAGCCGGACAUAUCUCCAUUUUUGAUGUUAACACUUCAUCUUCCACAAGAACCAUCUACAAGUAUCGAGGAAUUAUUAGAUAAGAAUGAAUCUGAAACUAUUACAGGUUAUCAGUGUUUGAAAUGUCGGAUAACAAAAAUUGUGGGAAAUGAAGAAUAUUUCGCGAAGCAAGGCCGUUCAAAUGAACAUGAAUUCCAAGAGAAUAUUGUCAAGUUGUCGGAAUUGAGUAAAAAUGAAAACUUAUUCAUCAAUGAAGAUUUGCCUACUGAACUUGAAAACUUUGUGAAGAACUAUGAACGAGAUGGAAUUAGAAUACGUGAUGUAACCUCGACAGUAUUUCGGAAGACUCAAAUCUUGAAACCGCCAAAAGUAUUUGGUAUUCACUUGUCGCGGUCAGCAUUCAAUGGUGUGUCAAUAUCGAGGAAUCCAUGUCGAGUGGCAUUCAAUGACAAGCUAACGUUGUCAAUUGAUGAGGAGUAUUUACCGGAUCUCCACAAAUUCGGACAAGAUGGGGUUGAUGAGGGACAAGGGUUGAGGUUUAAUUCAAAGGUUCUUACUACAGAUGCUGAAGAUAUGGAAGACGAGAAUGUUCAAAGAGAAGAUGUCGAUGUGACGGGUGAAGAGACUGAGAUUGAAUCUGAUGAUAGGGAUAUUGCUGAUUGGUCGGUUUCAGAGGGUGAUCUGGUGGAUACCGAGACUGCAAGUGUCUCUUCACUCAAUACAUUCCUGUCUCCGCCUGAAAACUCAUCAAAGGCUGAAACUUUGCAGAAUACUACGAUUUCCAAAGAUCAAUCUAUGAAUCUUUUGAAUCAUUUCCGGCAGUUCACGUUCAGUGAAAACAACAACUACAAAUAUAGGCUUAGGGCUGCCAUUAGACAUCAGGGUUCACAUACCCAAGGACACUACGAGUGCUACAAAAGAAAGCCUCUUUUUGUCAAGGACAAUGAUGGAAACAUAAUCAAGAUUUGUCCCGAAAUUGAUACAAACAACUUGAAAGAGGUUGAGGACCUUAACCAAGCAAUUAAAACCCCGGAUAGGAAAAGGGCUCUGUCAGCAUCUUCGGGUAACCUGCAAGAUAGUGGUGAUCUGCUGGAACGUGGAAAUUUCCGCCGAAAGUUCUCUUCCAUUAUGGGGCGUAGACCAUCUAUCAUCCAAGCAGACCCAAUGGAAGCCAAUGUUCAAGAAAUCAUCACUUCUGGAUUGACUACCCCCGCAGAGGUUCUAGUAAACGAUUAUUUCCGUAUUCCAACUGCAGAUGAAGUGCUGACUCAUCUUAACAAAAAGGUGGACCAGUCAACUAAAGUGAAGUUGAAGAAAAUUCCUUCCAUAUUGAAGCAUCCGUACUGGAGAAUUGGUGAUUCCCAAAUUACAGAGGUUUCCCGCUCAGCGGUUAUGUUAGAGACGACAAGCGUUUACAUGUUAUACUACGAGAGAAGCGAUAGAAAACAAAGUUGA